UUAAAAACUAGCCGUUACUCAUCUCUCUCUCUCUCUCUCUCUCUCUCUCUCUCAUGGCAGCCUCAGUGGACACACCAUCGCCUCCCCACCUCAAACAGGAGGGCUCAAGCUUCAUGGGUUCGUCUCCUCUGAUCAGCCCCUCCUCCGAUAAGCGACUUUGGAGUGCGCUACGCAGCCGGACGGAAACGCUUAUUGAGAAUCGUCAAAGCAGAAUGCCAAGUGAGCCCGCUGUAACCACCCAUUUGAUCGCCGGAGAAUCGGACCGAGCGAACCGAUUGAAGGAAGACUCGCUGCUUCUGAUGAGAGGGUUCGACUCUGUUGCCCACACUCUGUCUCUGCUAUCCAACAAUCUAGACAAUGCCCUUCAGGGAGCUAGAGAUCUUGCAAAACCGCCCACAUUGACUGAAAUAUUCCAAAGCAAUCUGCAGAACUCAGACAGUAAAGAAGAGGAAUCAGAGAAGCAAGGAACUGGAGCAGAGCUCAAGCAAGGAAUGAAAAGGAAGUUUGAUCAUAGUCAUUCUUCAGAGGAUAGCGAAGAUGAUUCGCAGAAAAGCCUAAAAGAUGGGAAGCUGAAGAAAGCCAAAAACCUUGCCAUUUCCAUGGCAUCAAAAGCAGCUUCGCUUGCUAGAGAACUGAAGUCAAUAAAGUCGGAUUUGUGUUUUAUGCAAGAGCGAUGCACUCUGCUUGAAGAGGAGAAUAGGAGGCUCCGUGAUGGAUUUGCUAAAGGGAUAAGGCCUGAGGAAGAUGAUCUGGUGAGGCUUCAAUUGGAGGCACUGCUGGCAGAGAAAUCCAGAUUAGCAAAUGAAAAUGCAAAUUUAGUAAGAGAAAACCAAUGCCUCAACCAACUUGUGGAGUACCACCAACUGACCUCCCAAGAUCUGUCGGCAUCAUUUGAAUACAUACAGGGAAUGUGCUUAGACUUCUCUUCUCCACCACCACCCAUCAGAGAAGAAGAGGCAGAAGAAGAAGAUGAAGUUUUUCAGACACCUGGAGCUUCUCACCAUUUUAGCUUCUCCACCACCUCUCUAGAGUAGUGGGCAGACCAAACAAACAAUGCCUCCUUUUAUCAUCUGCCUUAUUUCAGAUGUAAAUUUUGAUGCCUUCAUUGGUAGCAGUGAUGCAAAAUUUGUUUGUAUUCAUAUAAUAAUAAAUAAAUAUUUUAUUCCA